CUGGGUGUUUGCGAAAUUAUAAUUAUUAAGUGCAUAACAAUUAUCAGUCAGCACCUGGCUCAGUGGGGCCUGUGGCCAUCAGCUAAUUUUAAAUUUUAUAAAACUUAGUGCCUUUCUAGACUGCAGUGCAGGGAUGCCAUUUGAAGCCGGUUUGCUCAUUAAGUGCGAGACUCACAUAACCUCAGUUGUCACUGUUUGUGUUUGUUCUUUCAACAGUUAUUCAAAAAAUUGUUAUUAUUAUUAAUUAGAAAUAGCGUGAGUGUAACACAGUACUUGCGAUGGCGACUUUGGGGACCGCAAUCGAGCUGUUAACUUCUGCAAUGAAAUCGAACAUAAUCCCCAACCAAGAGUACCUUCUGCAAGGGUCUGUUUUGGAUCAGUAUGUCGAAGUGCUUCUUCAUCGGUUAAGGGGCCUGUGCGACAACGUGGACAGUGGGCCUGAAACAUUCAACGAUCACGAACUGUGCUACUCUUUGCGGUCAAACACCGCCAAUUCCCCAAUGGUGUUGCCUUUGCGGGUUAGACGAGCCCUGGAUGUAACAGAUGCCCCAUUCCAGUUGCGAUACGUCGGCCAGCAAGAGAUGGGAGACAAAAACCGGCCGACAGUGGUUCGUUCUUGCAUCGAUAUGGCCUGCAGCUCUACCAUUAUUGAGUUUCUUACUGAACUGGGCUGCCGAUUGGACUUUGAGUACAUCGCUAGGGGCUACAUGUUCAGGAAGGGUCGGAUGAAAGUGACUGUGUCCAAGAUUUUCAAAAUGAACGGAAUGGCGAGUAAGCCGGAGGGCGUCGAGGCGAUAUCGCAGAGUUAUUUGGUGGAACUAUCAGUGCAGGCGCCUUUAGGCCAGGAUGCUAUUGCCGAGGAUAUGCGGGUAUUUGCCGAACAGUUGAAACCUUUAGUGCAGCUUGAAAAAAUUGACUAUAAGAGACUGGGGAAUAUGAUGUAAGUAUUAAAAAAGGAUAAUUUUCAAAACAA